AUGAUUAAAUAUCUUCGUGAAAAAAUUAUUGGUCGUCCAGCAGUCUUUUCUCUAGCUGGCGAUAUACCAAUAGAUGAUCAUACGCUUCCUAUAAAAAAGACUAAUUCACAAGAUGGUUUAAAUGAUGUUGUAUUAUUAAGUACAACUUCAAAUGAUACAACAAAUCAGGUAGAAAAAUUUAAUGCCAUAAGUAAUAUUACUAAUUCUGGACGUCGACCAAUACCAUCAUCAUCACCAAUUAUUAUUCCAAAAAAACCUCCUCGUUCGAAUGCAUCAUCACAUAGUUCUUCAUCGUAUACAUCGGUUGCUGAUCAAAUGUCUUCAUUUUUUGAAUCAUUCGUACAAACAGAUGAUGUACCAAAUUCAACAUUUCCAACAUUACCAUCAACAUGUCAACAAUUAGAACAUUCCGCAGCACGAGAUCGUAUUUCAGUGAAAAAUAAACGACGACAUCCAAUUAAACAAAAAUUAAGUACACUUCGAGAAACUGAUGAUAAUGAAAGUGAUUUAUUUUCAUCAAAAACUGAAGAUGAUGAAAUUCCACCACCUUUACCGCCGAAACAGCGUUAUUUACUCAAAAAUUCAUUUUCAUUACCGACUACAACAAAAACAAAUUCAACGACAAAAACAAAAAUGAAAAAGUUAAAUAGAAAUUUACCUAUAUCAUCAACACCAGAAGAGGAACAUUCAAUUAUUGCUACAACACGUAUAGAGCCAAAAAGACAACAACCAUUAAUUGAUCUAUCUGAUUUGGAUACAGCACGAGCACGUCUUCGUAUAUCAGUUCGUUCACGUGAUCGUUCAGCUGAUAAUAUACUUUUGGCAACAAAUUCUAAUCUAAAUAAUGAAACAUUAACAACAACAACAUCAUCAAAUAUUUCAACAUUUUCUAAUCCUAUUCAACGUUCUGUAAGUUUUAAACGUGUUCAAGAAAUUAAUGAUAUAAAAUUAAUUAAUCGAUCAAUAUUAAAACAAAAAAAAGAAGAAAAUAAUGAAAAUGUUUUAUUAACUAAUAAAUCUAUUGAAAAUAAUUCAAUAUUAAUUAAUAAUUCAAUACAAAAUGAAAAUAUUAAUGAACAAACAAAUAUUAAUAAUACUAAUUCAAUUAAAUCAAUAUCACAUUCAUCAUCACACGAACAUAUUUAUGAUAAUUUAGAUGUAUUUAAACGUCCGAAACCAAAUAUUAUUCUAUCAUCUAAUGAUGAUGAUGAUGAAUCAUUAUCAACAACAUCAACAACAGCAGCUGUUGUUAAAACAAGAGAACAUCCAAUACAAACAACACGUUUAAGACCACUUACAAUGCAUGUUACAUCAAAUAAUGAUAAACAACUAACAAAUGAAUUUGAAAAUGUUUUUAAUCAAUUAAAAAAACGUGGUUCAAUUCGACGUGUUCGAACAAAUGAAGAAACAAUAUCGGAAUCUUUUCCAUCUGCAUCGAAUGAAGAAAUUCAUGUACCUCUAUCUCCAUCUAUAAAAUCUGAGAAUGAAUCAUUUGUAUCAACCAAUAAAAUAAUCGAACCAAUUCAUACACCACCACCAACACCAAAUCGACGUAAAACAGUUGUUGGUGUUCAUCUAUCAGCUAAUAAUAAAGUUGCUACUAAUGAUAAUAAGCCAACACCAUCAUGGGUUGAUAUAGCAAAACAAAAACAAAAUAAAUUUCAAUUGGUUUCGAAUGAAAAGAAACAUCAAGAUGAAUUUGAACAACAAUCAUCUAUUGAAUCACCAGUUCCAAUUAGAAAAUCGAUGCCAUCUGCUGAUACUCGAUCGAAUCGAAAAUCAAUGUUUGAACAAACUACAACACAAACAAAUACACAUGCUAUUGAACGAGAUUCAAUACGAGCAUUAAAAGCUGGCAAUCCGAAUCGUAUAAAUAAUUUAAUACAAUUUUUUGACAAAUAA